GAGCGUGGAACAUUUAAUUAACAGAUACUUGUCUCAAGCUUUCACGUCGAUGCUAACCUUUCCAACGCCUAUACACUAGGUAAUCUAUACAGACCGAUCCACUCAUCCCGUCCCUCUGCCAAGCCUCCUCGACUUGUAUACGCGAUAUUGUGUCGUUGUAUGCGUCCUCAUCGCUUGCGGCAUUGCUCGGCUGCCUAGAGGAGAUACCUACGUGCCCAAGCAUAUCCAUUCCCUUUUCGUGUCUCCUUCUCGCACGCUCUCUGCCUUCUUCUCCGGCACGCAAAGCCGGACAGCCAUACCUCUCGCACUCGUCGCAGCGCAGCGGGUCCGCCCCCGGGAACGAAGAGCGUGCGCGCGACGAGGCGCGCGAGCGGAGGCAGGAUGCGGGAGCUGUUCCUGACGGCGUCGGUUCGGGACUCGGACUUCGGGAUGGCGCGGGCGGUGCUGGAGGGGCUGUCGUGGAUGCGGGCGCGGCGGACGACGCACCGGAUCCUGUUCCUGCACGGCCAGCCGCAGCCGCGGCAGCUCAAGAACCUGCCGCUGUUCCAGCAGUCGCGGUACCUGCCCUUCUGGAAGGAGCUCAGCAGCCACCUGGCGCGCUCGUCGUACGUCGUCCAGACCGCGUACGAGGCCGUGCCCGAGCGCGACUUCGGCACCGGCGCCGCCAUGGAGUUCAACCUCCUGCCCGCCACCCUCCGCUGGACCGACCUGCCCGACCCCCUCCGCGACCUCCCCGUCACCUCCCGCAAGAAGAUCGAGAUCCCCGACCAGACCAGCCUCCUGCCGGCCAUGGCCGAGAACGGCUUCCGGUACCAGAGCGAGGUGAUACAGGAGAGCUACUCGCUGGUGCGGGACAACGUCGAGUUCGUGUUCAGCCGGUACUACCACGUGCCGACGGACGCGGGGGCGGCGGCGGGGGCGGGCCCGCGGCCGGCGGCGUCGCUCCCCGCCUGGGCGGACCUGCGGCCCGUCGACCCGGCGCAGAAGUGGGUGCUCAACGUCAAGCUCAACGUCUUCGACGACACCCAGCCCGACAAGGUCAAGAAGGCGCUCGAGGAGCUGCUGGCCAUCCGCGCCGAGCUCGCCGGCGUCUUCGACUUCCGCCCCAUCGACCGCCGCGUCUUCGACACCAGGAUAGCCCCGCCGCCCGCCAUCCCAGGCCGCGGGUAGGCAGUCGGCUGAGUAGACGGACAGAUGGAUGGUAGAGGUAUCCGGGGGCGUUUAGGGCUUUUUCUUUGCUCACAUGUGUCGGUAUUGGGUGGGUGGGUGUGAGGAGUUGGCCCAGCAUCAUCGGUCUCGGUGCGGCCUUCGUAUGGUUAUUCCGCCACGUCGAUACGCUGUCUUACUGUUACAGCGACGAAGUGUGACGUAAUUCCAGCGUAGUUCCCAAAUUGUCGGGGCCAGUUUAAAGCGCGUAUUUUAUUACGCUUC